GGGGAGGACGAAGGCGCCCGGCCAGCCCCGUGGAGGGACGCCCGGGACCUCCCCGACGAGCCCGACGAGCCCGUGGACAGGCAGCAGUACCUGCGGCAGGAGGUGCUGCGCAGGGCUGAGGCCACGGCUGCCAGCACCAGCAGGUCCCUGACCCUCAUGUACGAGUCCGAGAAGGUUGGGGUCGCCUCUUCCGAGGAGCUUGCCCGUCAGCGAGGAGUCCUGGAGCGCACAGAGAAGAUGGUGGACAAGAUGGACCAAGAUUUGAAGAUCAGCCAGAAACACAUCAAUAGCAUUAAGAGUGUAUUUGGGGGACUUGUCAAUUACUUCAAAUCCAAACCAGCAGAAACCUCAGCUGAACAGAAUGGCACCCUCGUUUCCCAGCCCAACAGCAGAUUGAAAGAAGCCAUAAGUACAAGUAAAGAACAGGAGGCCAAGUACCAGGCCAGUCACCCAAACCUUAGAAAGCUGGAUGAUACAGACCCUAUCCCCAGAGGGGCUGGUUCUGCUGUGAGUACUGAUGCUUACCCGAAGAACCCACACCUUCGAGCCUAUCACGAGAAGAUUGACAGCAACCUAGAUGAGCUGUCCAUGGGACUGGGCCGUCUGAAGGACAUAGCCCUGGGGAUCCAGACGGAAAUUGAGGAGCAAGAUGACAUUCUUGACCGGCUGACAACCAAAGUGGACAAGUUAGAUGUCAACAUAAAAAGUACAGAAAGAAACGUUCGACAACUCUGAAGACGGAUGGAUUUCCACUCUGUUGUGAUGAAAAAGAUUUGAAAGUUCUUUUUUUGAACUUCCAA